GUGGCGGCUUCAGCGAAGUGAAGUGAGACACAGACAAAAACAUCUGGCUGUCAAUCUUUCAGAGCCAGAGCCACAGUGAAAAAAACUUUUUUGCUAAAACAUAACCCAUGUGAUUUACUUAACUUAAAAAGAAUUUUAUUUAUUUUAUUGAAAUGGCCGAAGCCACCGAUUUUAGCAUUUUCAAAUCUGUAUUCUUUUACUCCAUAUUAAUUUUAUUGCUACCAGUAGUCGCAUUUUUCGUUAGUAAAUUAAUUGUAUUCGAUGCCAUGUUCAGCAAAUCGGACACAGCGAGUAAUGUUACAUCUGCAAUAAUUGCGGUCGUUGUACUGCACGGCGCAUUAGGAUUGUUCAUAUACAAAGCCUAUUCCGAUCCAGAAAAGGGUCGGGAGAAGAAAGAUGACAAGAUCGAUUAGUUAUCUACAAUGAUUAUAUACUGUUCAUAGUGUUAAGUGUGUUAAGGAUAAGGAUUUUGUUUACGUAGUAUGUAUGUAAUAUAUUUGGUGGUAAUAAAUUUGCAUGUAUUACUAUGA